AUGUCGAGUGAGAAUUCUUAUAAUGAUCCAAAUUCAGAGCCAUUGACAGUUGCUGAUGAAAUUAGAGAAACUCUUGUAGUCAUCUUUUCUUACUUACAAGAUUAUGAAUAUCUCAUUACAAACGUCAGAACUCAUCACAGAAGAUUGCACGUAAUCUUGGAAACUGUGAGACACUUAUCUGUUGCCUUAAGAACACGCGAGAUUAAUUUUGUUACCGAGUUUAUUCAGCAAGAUGGUAUUAAUGCAUUAAGUCUUUUAUUGACCAAAGUUAAUAGAAUUUACAAACUGAACUUGCAUACAGAGAAACAAAGAAAGAAGAAGAUUUCUUAUCAAUUAACCGAGUUGGAAAUUUUACAACAAAUCAUCUUGUGUUUCCAUUCUAUUGUUGAUACAGAUGAAGGAAUGGAAGCAUUGAUUGCACACUCUGAUGUUAUCAAACACUUGUUAAUGAUUUGUGACUUUGAAGCAUUCCUCAAGGAAAUGUUGGACUAUUCAAACUUUAUUACUAAUAACAGUAGAAAUGAAACUGUUCAAAGUCCAAGAGGAACAAAACCAUUUAGCACUCAAACUAAUACCUCAUCCUCUGGAGCAGAGAAUAAUGAUGGAUCAAGUUCAGACGAAGAGCCUGAAAAUGAUGCUCAAUCUAUUUCUGUUCUUUCCUCACCAAGAGAAUCUAGAAGAAAAACGACAGAGACACUGAAAGGUCUUGUCAACCAAAUGAUUGUUCAAAAGUCUAACCUAAGAUCUAAAAUUCUAGUCCUGUUAUCAGUUGUGGCCUACUAUGGCGAGAAUGGUUUUUGGAUCAUUUUAGAAUCUGUCAAUAGCUAUAAAUUGAUGAAGAAUGAAAAGCACAGAUUCAAAGAAAUGUUCCACUGUAUGGAAUCAGUUUUUUAUCACGAGCAAGAGCUAGCAGCUCACAUUUUAAUGUUUAUGAAUUCAUUCCUUUAUGCUUCUAAGAAUUCGAGUUUUGCAAGUCAUAUAUAUAGAGAAUUUAUUAACUUUGAUGUUAAGAAAUUUGUCAGCGAAAAGUAUGCCAGCAAGGAGGAAAUUACAAAUGGAAAACUCUUAAAUCAGUGUAAAAUGUUCCUUGACUUUGAAAAUAACGAAAGAAGAAUAUUCCAAAAUGCUUUCAAAGGAGAUGGUAUUUCUAAGGAAGACGAAGACCUUUGGCUUUCCUUGUCAGAUCCUGUUGAAAUUGCCAAAGUAAUGAAAAUGAGAUUGAGUGAAUCUGCCGAGUCUAAUAGUAGUAUGAUUAAUACCAUGAAAUUGUUACUUCUCAUAACUAUGAAUAAGAAUAAGGACAAACUUGACUCCAAGUGGACCCUCGUUGAAAAGGUACUUGCAGAUACUAUUACACCUUCUGGAGAUGUGACAGAAAAGAGUGGUGGAGCUGACAGAAUUGAAUCUCUCAAAUUACAAACAACUAUUGAUUUGCAAAGAGACAGUAUCAAGGCACUGGAAAAGGAACGCACUCAAGCAUUGGAUAUUAUCUCACAAUUAACAGACAUCACUAGAAACAAUAAGGAAAAUGCAACAGUUAGUGUUUCUAAAUUCGAUUCUCAAGACAAUCCUCUGCUCGACAAGCUUGUCGAUUUUUCAAAGAAUCCACUCGCUGAAAAGUAUUCAUUCUCUGUAAAUAUUGUGGAACCUGUAGAAGCUCUCAUUCCUCCACCUCCUGGUAUGGGUGGUAUUCCACCACCACCAGGUUCUGGCAUUCCACCUCCACCUGGAAUGGGAAUACCUCCACCUCCUGGUAUGGGUGGCAUUCCACCUCCACCAGGCUCUGGUAUUCCACUACCUCCUGGUGUUCCACCACCACCUGGAAUGCCUGGUGUUCCUCCACCGCCAGGUUCUGGUAUUCCAAUGCCUCCUGGUGGUGGCUUUUUUGGAAUGAAAACCAAACUUCCAAAAUUACCAGAGCUUAAAGCCACCAAAGACACUAAAAAGAUUCACAUAGCAGGCGACAAGAUCAAUAACAAGGACAUUGAAGGAACUGGUUGGAUGAGUAUUUUAGAAGAAAAUGCUGAAAAAAUGAGCAAGAUAUUCGACAAGAAUCUAUUCGAAAAUAACUUCCAAAAGAAGGAAACAAGAGAUGCUCCAUCGCAAGAAAAGGAGAAUGUUCCUACUCUUGUUUCAUUCCUUGACUCGAAGACUUCAUACCAACUUGCAUUGUUAUUGGGCUUUUUGAAGAAGAAUGAAAGAGAAAUUAGAAAACAUGUAAUUGAUUUGAAUGAAAAGGAACUUCAAAAGCAAACUAUUCACAGUUUGAAAGACUUGUGUCCUGAAGAAGACAAAUUCAAGGAAAUUGAAAGUUUCGUACAGAAAGGAGAUGGUUAUUUGGAACAGCUGGAACCUGGUGACAAACUCUUCUAUGCCAUGAAAGACAUUCCAAGACUUAAACAAAGAUUCACUGCAUGGUCAAGCCAAAUUUACUUUGAAGGAUCUGUUAUUAGUGUAGAACCAGAUAUUGAAUCCUUGAAUAGAGCAUGCAAGAAUAUUGUGCAAUGCAAGAGUUUACAAAGAUUGAUGACAUUAAUAGUAUUGCUUGUCAACUUUUUGAAUAAGGCCAAGACUGACAAGGACAGAGUUUAUGGUUUCAAGCUUAACUUUUUGACAAAACUUGGUGAUAUCAAAUCUUCUAGCGAUCCAAAUCGUUCAAUGAUGAAUUAUCUUUGCGAAUUCUUGUUGGCCAAGGAUGACAAGUUAAUUCCAGAACUUCUCAAGGAAUUGAAAGACUAUGCUGAAGUCGGAUCUAGAAUUGAGCUUCCAGAAUUGAAGAAAGAAAUUGGCAAACUUAACGAGUCCUUAAAAGUCAUUCAAACUGAACUCGAAUUCUACAAGAAGGAGCAAAAGUUUAUCAAUGACAAAUUCCCAAAGCAAUUGGAUGAAUUCUAUCAAUAUGCCAAAUCUGAAAUGCAAAAAAUUAACAAGGCCCAAGAAAAAUUGGAAAAGAUUUUGAAAGAGGUUGCCAAAUUCUUUGGCGAAAAGGAGAAGGAUGUCUGCGAUACUCCUCACUUAUUCUUCACUGCUGUUUCAAACUUCUUGAAACAACUCGACGCUACUUUUACCAAGCUCAAGGAAGAAAAGGAAAAGAACAAGGAUGACCAAUUAAGAAAAGAAUUGAAGAACUUUUUGCAGAAUAGAAGACCAGAAGGAAACAUGACCAUUCUCUCAGCAGUAGCUAACGGUGAUAUUAAACAAUAAAACAAACAUAGAUGAUUAAUCAAUUUAAAU